UGGAUGUGGCUGUGUUUGGGAUUGGGGAGGGAAGAAGGGCAUCCUAGUGAUUGUGGACAUGGCAGGCAAUAGGUUGGAAGAGCGUCCUGUUGGAGGGGGAGGAGCGGGUGCAAUUCACUCUUCCCAGAGAGGGGUGGGUGGAGACUCCAUGGAUGGGAGAUCUCAGAUAGAGGGAAGUUGCAGUGAGUCUGCAACAAAGGAAGUGUUCUUUGCUUGCUAUUUGCUGUGCUCCAUUAACCCUCGGUCACGAGGCCGGACUUACAUCGGGUUCACUGUCAAUCCUCGCCGCCGAAUACGGCAGCACAAUGGACUGAUAGUCCACGGGGCACGACACACGCGAAAGCUCAGACCUUGGGAGAUGGUCCUGGUUGUGCACGGGUUUCCGGACCAGGUUCAGGCCCUCCAGUUUGAGUGGGCUUGGCAGAAUCCCAAGCGGUCUCUGGCUGUGCGAGAAGCUGCCAAUGCGCUGAAUCCGUCGAACGGCGUCAAGGGGAGGAUCCAACUGCUGUUCACCAUGUUGACUCUGGACAAGUGGAAGAAUCUGCCUAUGCGUGUGCAGUUCUUAUCGAGCAAAUAUUCGGCUCACCGUGCUGUCUGUCCUCCACUACCGGCGCAGAUGAUCGUAACCGUUGCGCCGAUGGACGAACUCCCUUGCUAUGCUGACAUGACCUCUGACACAGAUCUUGACAAUGCUGGUGAUGAGGAUUAUGACACACAGCUGGAUUCUGAUGGCCCUUGUUGGGGCUUGUCAGACGAUGAGGGUAGCGAUCUCGAUAGGUCGGCCGCUGUACAAGCGGGCGCAGCGCGGUCGGGGCAAGAACACCUCCUCAACCGUGCCGUGCAUAAUGUUUCCGCUCGUCCGCAUGGUAGAAACAGCGGCGACAGUGUGGCACGUGCUCAUGUGCACAAAGAAAGCACCCAGCUUUGUCCGCCUGCAGUGGACCCCACUCAAGUAGAGCAUCGCAGUAGACUUGCAAUCGGCGCAGAUAGCAUCAUGGACACGCGAUCAGCUCCAACUGCUGCCGUUAGAACUGCUACUGCUACCCUAACUGCAACUGCCGCUUCUGGAACGGCUACUGCUACCCUCCUGAGUGCAACUGCUGCUACUGGAGCUGCUACUGCUACGACUUCUGGUACUAGAACUGCUGCUGCUACCUUAGCCGCAACUGCUGCUACUAGAACUGUGACUGCUGCUACUAGAACUGUUUCUGCUGCUACUAGAACUGUUACUGCUGCUACUAGAACUGUUACUGCUGCUUCUAGAACUGCGACUGCACCUGCGCCUGCCUCUGCAGCUGUGGCUGCGACUGCUGCUGCAUCUGCACCUGCAUCUGCACCUGCGUCUGCAACCGCAGCUGCUGCUGUUCAACAGCGGAGAGGCAAGUCUCGAGCAGAGAAGGGAAGACUGGACACAUAUGGGUACCGAGUGGUCAAAGGUGUUAGUUUGCAGGCUGGGAACGGGUCGCGUCAGAAACAGAAGGAUUGUCAGAGGGGUGACCUGAGCCGAGGGAGCGGCGAUCUUAGUGGAGGACAGCCGAUGAUUCAGGGAAAGAAGGCUGGGGAGGUGAAUGGCAGUUCAGCUGCAGGAUCAGUGCUUUCGUCUGAAAAGUUGGGCAUGGAAAGUCACCUUGGCCGUAAGCAAAGCAAGCCGGCGAAGAAGGCUGCAGAUGCCGGCAGCAGCAAGCCAGGGAGCAUAUCUCAGCUCAGUCAGUCCCUGAGAAGAAGCUUUGAGGAGCAGCCGCAGUCAGGCAUAUCGCUCCUGUCGCAGUUAUCGUCGUUUGGAGAUCCUCCCAUCCCUCAGGCAUUUUCUCCAUGCAGUGAAUACCACUGCAGUCCUGAGGGCAAGGACAAACAUUCGCCAUCUGGAACCCAUGCGAUGGUUUGGGACUUGUCUGAAGAUUGUCCACUCCAUUCAUCGGUAGAUUAUGAUAUUGAAUCUGGCAAUAAGAGAAGCAAGCAGGCAAAUUUGGGUGCAAGUAUGAGGGCAUCAGACGACUUAUCUGAAGCUGAUGCCUUCCUCAGAAAUUUCUCAAAGGAGCACCAGAAGUUUGCAAGGUCUUCUCAGUCACAGCGGUCACCCCCGGUCGGAGACUCGCCCGUCUCUCAAACAUCCGUCCCUUGUCGCCUAAAUUCUCGUAGCCCUGUCGAGCGUCUGAAGUCAGUACCAGCGACAAGAGGCAGCGUUUGGGACUUUCCUGGAGAUCCCUCUCUGCGGUCGUCUGACCUGUCGGAUCCUGAAGAAUCGGACAGUGGUCAGCGCGGCAACAGGACAUUAUCGGAUGGGUCUGAGGCUGGUCAAUUCUUCAGAAGGACGUCACGGGAACAGCAACCGAAAAAGAGGUCCUCUCUAUCACAAUUGCCUACCUUUGAAGAUCCUGUGGUGUGUCAGGGAGCUGCCCCAUGCGGUGAAUGGAGUCAAAAUUCCGGCAGGAACGUAUGCUCCCAAUCAGCAGCUAAAGGUGAUAUUCUGGACUUGUCAGACGAGUCUGACGAAGAUGGGAAGCGGCGCAAGUCCCUGCAUUCGAGCCCAUGGGGCCAAGGCGAUUUUGAACGAACCGUCACUCACGAAACACUGUCUCCUAAACAACAAGGCUGCAAUGAGCAAAAUCAAAUCAGUUCAAGCGGCAGCAAAGUUCCUUCACCCACCUCAAAGUCUCUGUCAAUUGCGAAUGAUGAAGGGUUGCCGAACCGCGAUGGCAUGGAAUUCGACACUACUGAUGCUCUGAGACAAAGAGCGGCUGCGUCUGUGCCACCGUCGGCACCAGGAUUACGGCAUGCUCUUGCUGCCGACACGGCUGCUACUACUGCUAAGACUGCUGCUGCUGCUGCUGCUGACACGGCUGCUACUACUGCUAAGACCACUGCUGCUGCUGCUACUGACACGGCUGCUACUACUGCUAAGACUGCUGCUGCUGUCGUAGACCUUUCUACACCUUCACCUGGAGAAAGCCGCCGAAGGCGUAGUAGCAGCUUGCUGGGUGUUUUCCGAUCGGAGGAACCAAUAGAGUUUCCGCUGAAUUCUGUGAGAGGAGAGGCAGAGGAGAACUCGUUCAUCCAUGGGCCGAUGCCUGCGGAUUCCCAGGAGUUGUCUUGUAACAACAAUUUGACAGCUGCACACGAUCAAGUACGAAGAGGGAAGCCGUUUCUCCUGUCUUCUGCAGAGAAGUCCAUCGCAGCAGAGCAAGCUGCUAGAUGGCUUCAUCUAAGCCAAGGAGAAUGUGAGGAUCUGGAUGAGUUUGAUUGUGAUUCGCCAGGAUUAUUUACCUCAGCGCGGGAAAGAGAAGUGCUGUUAUCAGCUGCAUCUCAUAGUGAGUCUCACACCUCCCUUAGAGGAACCUGGCCUAGAGCAGGGCCAAGCUCUCUGUUUACUCGCAAGAACCCGGCUCUGCCACAGGUCAUAGAAUUGAGCCCUUAAAGGAUUGAUGCCAGUCUUACUUCCACAACUAUUCAGGCAAUGUUUGAACAAGGAGAUGGUAAUCUUCAAGAGAGACACAAGCACACACACAUUGGAGAAAUAAGGGGAGGGCAAGACUGCACACAGAGAUCAACACUUGAAGGCAGAGGUGUACAUGCACAGAGAGAGAGAGAGAGAGAGAGAGAGAGAGAGAGAGAGAGAGAGAGAGAGAGAGAGAGAGAGAGAGAGAGAGAGAGAGAGGUGAUGGGAGGGAGUAGAGGAUUAGACAGGGAACUCCACAGUGAAACGCUUUGCUGUGCAACGGAUUAGGUUAAGGCACACAUUGUAAGUGCGUUGCAGAACUCAUGUUGGUUGUCGUCCACCGUGCAUAUCUUUGUCCUGUCUUUGAACAUCCCCCCUCCCUUAAAAGGGGCUGUGGGAGGACAAUUUGAGGGCCAUCAUGGCAUCGAGAGCUCUUAUUAUGUCUGGGCUCGGGCAUGCUUCUUUUGAGUAAAAGUUUCAUAGUUGU